AAGGAAAGAACGCUUCCUUUUAAUUGCAUAUAACUGCGAAAAAGACACAUUUAAAAGAAGGCAAAGUGUGAAAAAUUAUCUCCUUUUUUUCUGCAGUUAGAUAAAUAUACUACUGUGAAAUUAAGGAUUUACUCAAUGAUUUUAUCCCACUGCCUAAAAAGAUUCCGACUGAUAUUUUUCUUCAACGUGGUUGAAUUUGUCGCAGCCACGCCGCAAAGACGACAAACAUUGCGCUUGUCCAUUACCCCGAGGUCUUUUGACAUAUGCGGAAAUGAUGAUUUGUCGGUCAUAAAAAGGAGUAUUUUUUGUAAAAUAGCGUGAGCAGACGGCAAUUAACAAAACAAAAAAGAUUCAAUCAGCUCUGCAGCUGGAUUUAAGCUGUUCUUUUCCGAGGAUAGAGAUUGACGAGAUAUCCAUCUCCGUACCGUUUACCAAUCGUCCGAUAUACCUAUUUAUCAACCGGGAGAACGAUAUCAGGAUUUCAGCGGGCCGAGGCGAUGUGGCAGCUGGGUUAGCUCGCCGGCCGAGACGAUGAUGAACGGCAAGCCUCUGGUCGAGUACUCGGACGUGUCGUCGGAGGCGCUGAGCGGACCCGAGGCUGGCGAGAUCCAGAGUGACGACAGCACCUCGGCGCGGCGCCGCAACCUCAGCGACGGAGAACUCUCGCCGGAGGCCCCGCGCCGUCCGCGCCGCCGGCGCCGCCGCCGCGCUCCUCCGCCGCCGCCGCCGCCGCUACCUGUGAUAAUCCCCCCGCCGCUGUCACCGCCGCCGCUGCUACCCUCACCCUCGCCGCCGCCUCCCCCACAACCGGUAGAUCUGUUUGACCACGGCCACGCGAUGCCGGACUCACCAGACGCGAACGAUCGGUACCGAGCUAGGGAUAAGAAGAAGAAAAAGAAGCGUGAGAAAGACAAGGACCGGGGCGGCGGUGGUGGCGGCCGGAAGAAACGGAAGCGCCAUCGGUACGCAGAGGCCGAUGAGCGGCUACCCAGUGCCAGUCCGCUCUCCUCGCCCGAGGAGGCGGCCACCAGUGCCCCAGUGUUCCGCGGUAAAGAGCCCAAGGCGUCGCGGCGCCGGGCCAUGCUGCAGCCGCCCAGUCCGGGCACCCCUCUCUCAGACGGUUUGGCCGGCUCGCCGAACGGCGACCGGGCGCACCUAAGGCGCCGGGACGGCCGGGACUCGCGGGAUAUGCGCGACUCUCCGCUGGUGCGUGGUCUGCGCGACCACCGCGAGCUGCGCGACCAUCGCGAGCUACGCGACCUGAGGGACCUGCGCGAGUCUCCCCCUCCGCCGCCGCCGCCGCGGGGAGCUCGCACCCCACCGUCACCGGACAGUGGCCGGUGGUCGGGCCGUGGGCGGCCCCACACACCGCCCCCGCCGCCGCCGCAGCCCAUGGCGUCCUCAGAAAAACGGCGCAAGUCUCGGUCGCGGAGUCGCGAGCGGGAGCGGCGGAGACGACACAGCCGCAGUCGCAGCCACAGCAGGUCUCCACCGCCCAGGCACAAGAAGAAUUACUCUCGGUCGAGGAGCAGGAGUCCGGUCCGCCCCUCCAAGAAGAGCUCGCGCAGUUCCCCGUACAGCAGGAAACGUUCCAGGCGGCGGUCGCGGUCACGCUCGCCCCGCUCGCCCCGCUCCCGGUCGCCGUCUCACUCGGGCCGGUCGUCGCGCGGUCGGCAUGGCUCACCCCCGCCGCCGCCACCCCGGCGAAGCACGCCAUCCGCCCGCGAGCUGACGGCAGAGGCCAAAAUGUCCCAGACCUCACUGUUCGCCGAGCUGGUCAAACAGAAGAAGAUCAGGGAGAAGGCCCUGCAGAUGCCCUUCUUCCAGAAGGAGAAGGACAAGGCCGGCCGCGCUCAGGACGAUCAGGACGAGGACGUGAUCGAGGUCAGUCCGCCUCCGCCGCCCCCGCGUAUCGUCAGUCAGGACCGGCCGGACGGGAAGGCGCCGCCGGCGGCGGCGGCGGCGGUAGCCUCCACCUCCGCCGCCACCGCCACCGUGUCUUCGUCCACCGCGUCGGCGCCGACAGUAACGACGGCAGAAGCCGAGGCCAAGCCCGCUCCGGCGCCGGCAGCGACGGCGGCGCCCUCCAAACCGGCCACCCCGGCGCCGGCGACGGUCGGCGGCCGGCCCAGCCUGACCAAGCUGCCCAUGCCGCCGGGUAUGACGGGGGACGAGCUGGAGGGUGCCGACUCGUCGCCCGACAACUUCUCGCCCGAGCAGAAGCCGGUGCCUCGGCGCGCCGUCGACCGGCUCAUCAGGGACCUGCCCAUGCCGCCAGUGGUCGCCGGGUCAGACGACGCCUCAGGCGAUGAGGACAGUAACAUGUCGGGCAGUAUGUCGCUAAUGGGGGCCCGACGGCGUGUGGUGCGCAACCUCAAACGGCCACGCAUCAUCCACAAAUGCCGCGAGGCCGAGAGCAAGACGUGGGGCGACCGGUGUGUGGACGCCUUCGAGCUGGUGGCGCAGGUCGGCCAGGGCACCUACGGACAAGUGUACAAGGCGAAAAAUCUCGAUACCGGCGAGGUGGUGGCCCUGAAGAAGGUCCGUCUCGAGAAUGAGAAGGAGGGCUUCCCGAUCACGGCCGUCCGAGAGAUAAAGAUCCUGCGUCAGCUCAACCACAGGAACAUAGUCAAUAUUAAGGAGAUAGUCACCGACAAACAGACGGCUGUGGACUUCCGGAAGGAUAAGGGUUCAUUUUACCUGGUGUUUGAGUACAUGGACCACGAUCUGAUGGGCCUGCUGGAGUCAGGGAUGGUGGACUUCAACGAGCCCUGUAACGCCAGCAUCAUGCGCCAGCUGCUGGACGGCCUCAGCUACUGCCACCGGAAAAACUUCCUCCACCGGGACAUCAAGUGCAGCAACAUCCUGCUCAACAACCAGGGACAGGUGAAGCUGGGCGACUUCGGUCUGGCCCGGCUGUACAACGCCGAGGAGUCCCGACCGUACACCAACAAGGUGAUCACGCUGUGGUACCGGCCGCCGGAGCUGCUGCUCGGAGAGGAGCGCUACGGGCCCGCAGUGGAUGUCUGGAGCUGCGGCUGCAUCCUCGGCGAGCUCUUCCAGAAGAAGCCGCUCUUUCAGGGAGCGAACGUGGAGAUGGCCCAGCUGGAGAUGAUCUCCCGGCUGUGCGGCUCCCCGUGUCCGUCUGUGUGGCCCAAGGUCGUACAGCUGCCCCUGUGGAGCACCCUCCGACCCAAGAAGCCCUACCGGCGGCGCCUCAAGGAGGAGUUCUGGCACAUGCCAUCGGCCGCGCUCAGCCUCAUGGACAAGAUGCUCGAGCUCGACCCAGAGAAGCGCAUCUCAGCCAAAGAUGCGCUCGAAAGUCCCUGGCUGAAGUCGGUCAAUCCGGACAGGACGCCACCCAAGUUUCCCGUGUGGCAGGACUGUCACGAGAUGUGGUCUAAGAACCGGCGCCGACAGAUGCGGGAACAACAGGAGGACGUGUCGCGGCCGGGCGGCGACCGGGAACGGGACGAGCCGAGCAGGUCACGCGGCGGCUCCAAGCCCAACUCGGCACCCCCGUCUGAGGGUCAGGCGGCAGUCUCUCCGUCGGAGAGCGGCGAGCGGCACAAACGGCUCGCCAUGCUGCUGGCAGAGAUGCGCAGUCUGGUGCGCCAGCGGCGGCCGGUCACCUACGAGCUCCUCACCAAUAUUGUCAAUUGUCCGGUGGACCUGCCGACCCAGCGGCUGGUUCAGCCGGUCAGCGCGCAGCUGACGGCGGCGUCAGCGGCGCGCCGCCAGCUCCGACCGGAGACGGUGGUGCUGGGCCGCGGCGGGUGCGCCACCCCGGCGCUCAAACAGGCGCUCUCGGCGCUGCUGCGCCACUGUCAGCUCUCGCCGCUCGGCUGAGACCGGCGGCGGGCGCGUGCAUUUGUGAUGGACGGCCGGGCCGCGCCGCCGGCAUGGGACGGGACUGGCCGGCCGCCGGCGGGCGGGCCGGCGCCGCGGAGACACCUGGAGCGGUGUGUGCGUGUGCGCAUCGCGUGUGUGUGCGUGGCGACCAUUGUUAUCACACAGUGCGGCGGUGACUGUGUACUGUGGUAGCGCUAGGACGGUUUAUUACCCUCAAUACAUCUAUCUGAUGGUGA